AUGUUCUACACGUCCUACCGUCGGUCUAAAUCAUGGCAACGAGCCAGUCGGCCAUUACCCUACGUAUUCAUCUUCCUGCUCCUCCUUGAUAUCCUACGACUUCUCAAUGCCCAUCGCACCUUCAGUACCAACCUCCUUACGCAGACAGUCUACCAUGUCGAAGACCUGCCGCACGAAAUACAGAACCAAAAGAUCUACAUCGUCGCGCAAUUCUGGACCUCGGAAGAAGUGCUGGUAGAUUUCUGGCUCAACCAAUUCUUGAAGUUGGUUGGUGUGCUAGGAGCAGAGAAUAUCUACGUGUCGAUCAUUGAGUCAGGGAGUCUUGAUGAUAGUGCUAGUGCUAUACAGUGGCUCGAUGAACAGUUAGGCAAGUUGGGUGUCGAGCGAACGGUUGUCGUCGAUCCUACGACGCAUGCGGAUGCUAUCGAGGUUGGACCCGUUGACCAGCAUGGCCAUGAGAGGACAGGUUGGAUUCAGACAGGAGAUUCUGAUCAGCCUGGACAGAAAGAGCUGCGACGAAUACCAUAUCUGGCAAAUGUGCGGAAUCAAGGAUUGAAGCCCAUGCUUGAUAUGCACAACAGGGAUCAUAAGACUUUUGAUAAAAUCCUGUACCUGAACGAUGUCUACUUCGAGCCGAGCGAUAUCCUGACCUUACUUGCUACGAAUGGUGGACACUAUGACGUUGCUUGUGGGAUUGACUUCCAUUAUCCGCCAGCCUUCUACGAUACCUUUGCUCUGAGGGACAGCGAAGGGAGAGGACCAGUCAUGGCAACCUUUCCCUAUUUCAGGUCAGCAAACACGAGGAGUUUAAUGUUGCAGGGUACACCAGCACAAGUAAUGAGUUGCUGGAAUGGAGUCCUGCUCGUGGACGCUGCGCCAUAUUAUGACCAUACUGAAUCGAAUGCAGUUUCACCUGCAGGUACCACUGCGACUGGAUUGCGGUUCAGAGGCUUGCCGGACUCGCUUGCUUUGCACCACCUCGAAGCGAGUGAGUGCUGUCUGAUCCAUGCCGAUCUUAUUGCAAGUGGCCUGGCACACAGAGGUAUCUUCUUGAAUCCAGCAGUGAGAACUGGUUAUACCACCAAGGCCUAUCAGCUCACACAUACUGGACUCGACAAGGGGUUCGUUAGUGCUUGGCAAUACAUCACUGGAGUUUGGAGGAACAGGAUUGCAAGGUGGAAGUCGGAUGGUAUCAGCAGCAGUGCUGGUCAGGGCAUGGCUGAGGUCUACAGAAAGAUACGUCAGUGGGAUCAAGAGGGCGCUGAUAUUGGCGAGAAACGGAGUGAGGUGGGUGGCUUUUGCACGAUCGAUGAAAUGCAUAUCUUAAUCUGGAAUGGGUGGAAGCAUGUAUGGUAG